AUGCUGUCCUGGCGGCUGCACACGGGCGACGAGAAGGCCGAGCUGCAGGAGCUCAACGCCCGGCUCUAUGACUACGUGUGCCGGGUGCGGGAGCUGGAGCGCGAGAACCAGCUCCUGGAGGAGGAGCUGUGCCGCCGCUGCGCGCAGGAGGACCUGUGGGUCCAGGGACAGGCUCGCUACGCCGAGGAGGCGCGCGGGCUGCGGCAGCAGCUGGAGGAGCUGAGCUGGACCACCGAGCGGGCCGAGAGCGAGUGCGAGGCGCUACGGCGCGAGCUGCGAGAGCUGCAGCAACUGGGGGCCGAGGCGCGCGCCGCCCGUGGCCGCCUGGACGCCGAGCUGGGCGCACGGCAGCGCGAGCUUCAGGAGGCGCUGGGCGCGCAGGCCGCCCUCGAGGCACUGCUGGGCCGUUUGCAGGCCGAGCGCCACGGCCUGGACGCGGCCCACGAGCGCGACGUGCGGGAGCUGCGCUCGCGUGCCGCCAGCCUGACCAUGCACUACCGCGCCCGCGUCUCCGGCCCCGCCGCGCCCCCGCCGGGCCUGCGACAGGUGCAUGACAGCUUCGCGCUGCUGGCCGCCGAGUCGUGGCAGGAGACGGUGCAGCUGUACGAGGACGAGGUGCACGAGCUGGAGGAGGCACUGCGGCGUGGCCAGGAGAGCCGGCGCGAGGCCGAGGAGGAGGCGCGGCUGUGUGCGCACGAGGCGGAGGCUCUGGGGCGCCAGGUGCUGGAGCUGGAGCAGCUGCGCGCGCGGCUGGAGGACGAGCUGCUGCGGAGGCAGGAGGAGUACGGGCUGCAGGCCGAGGAGCACCAGAGAAUGAUCGACUGCCUGGAGGAUGAGAAGGCGGCCCUCACCUUGGCCAUGGCUGACCGGCUUCGGGACUAUCAGGACCUUGUGCAGGUCAAGACUGGCCUUAGCCUUGAGGUGGCGACUUACAGGGCUUUGUUGGAGGGCGAAAGCAACCCGGAGAUCCUGAUCUGGACCAAGCACGUUGAAAGCACACUGCCAGAGCUCAAGAGCACGACCUACCGCUGCACUGACUCGCUGGUGCAGAGGGAGAAUGAACACAACCUGUUUGCCAGGCAGAAGGCGGCCCUGGAUUCUCACCUGCCUGGGCACCUACGGCCAAAGACCACCUCACUUAGCACAGGCACUGCGGGCAGAGGCCCUGCGGGCUCCGGGUACUCGUCCGUGGCCACCACCCAGCGGGAGUACUCUUAUGGGAAGACUUUUGAGGGUCAGAACGGCUUUGGGCUUUUCGGAGGCACCAGUGCCCGAGUGAAAACCCUCCCUGACAGACCGAAACCUGAAGGGGCCAGCGAUGCUCCCACUUACCUGGCCAAGGGGUCCACCAGCAUCCUGGAGUCACACUGGGAACGGCGGGACGAUGUGGUGGCACGUGGCUCUGACGGCGCAGGGCCAAAGGACAGGACCAUCCUUGUGGGAAGGAAGACAGAAGCGAAGGCCACGGGGGAACGGGAAAGGAGCAGGCCGGGAGCCAUCCGACCACAGCCAGUGGAGAAGAUGUUUGAUUCUAAGGAGAAGGCCUCAGAGGAGAGGAACUUGAGGUGGGAAGAGCUGACCAAGCUUGACAAGGAAGCAAGGGAGAGAGAAAGCCAGCAGAUGACAGAAAAAGCUGGAGCAAGGGAGUCCUCCAAGGGAAGCAGCAUGCGUGCUCGAGAGGUUUCCAUUAGUCUACAGGAAUCCCGGGCUGUGAGGCCAGAGGUGUCCCCCAAGGGUUUGCCAGGCACAAAGGAAGCAGGGGGCAGUAGCGGUGGGGAGGUGGGCACGAGAGAGCCAGGGUUGAGGCUGGGCCCCGGAGACGCCCGCAGCUCUCCGCGUAGCGGGUCCCCCACAGAGACGGUGGCUCAGAAUAUCGUGACCAGCAUCCUCAAGCAGUUCACCCAGGCUCCCGAUGCCGAGCCAUCCACCCACGCUCUGCCUGACACAAAGGUCACCUACAUGGACAGGAAAGAGCUGCCCGGGGCUGGGAGGACAAAGACCGAGAUCGUGGUGGAAUCGAGGCUCACACAGGCUGUGGACGUUUCGGAUGAGGCCGGUUUGGAGACCCUCUUGGGCCAGGGUGCGGGGGACGACGUGAGCCUGCAGGGCAAGUCGGCAGAGCGGCUGAUUGGUGACAUCAUCGACCUGGGACUGAAGGGCAGGGGCGGGAGAGCCAAGGUGCUCAACGUGGAGAUCGUGGAGGAGCCCACGGGCUACGUGGGGGAGAGGAAAGUGGGAGAGCCGCCCACUCCCUUCCGGGUAGAGGAGGUGGAUGAUGAGGUUCCAGGCCCCCAGAGGCUUGUGGAGGAAGAGGAGGGGGACGCAGAUGGUGAUGUCAUGUUCUCAGCCCAUGGGCGUCAAAACAGAACCCGAGUGGAAGAGGUGACAGAGUCAGGUGACUCGGAAGGGGAGCAGAGCUAUUUCGUGUCCACCCCGGACGAGCAGCCUGGGGCUCAGGACGAAGACGAUGGCUCAGUGUACGGGCAGAUCCACAUCGAGGAGCAGUCCAGCAUCCGGUACUCAUGGCAGGAUGAGAUCGCACAGGGCACACGCAGGCGGAGACCGAGGGACGAGGCCGGCGGGGAGAAGGUUGUGCAGGCUCUGGAUGUCCCCGUGGCUACCUCGGAGGGGGACGUGGCAUCCGUUCACUGGAGGGAGCAGGCCAGUGGCGAGUUGCGCGUGGAGCCCACGGUCAUUGAGAAAGAGAUCAGGGUCCCGCAGGAGUUCCGCACCUCCAUCCAGGGCGUCUCCAAGGAGCCGCGUGACCAGAUGGCUGAGGUGAUCGGGCAGCUGGAGGAGACCCUCCCAGCACGCAUGAGGGAGGAGCUGUCGGCCCUGACCCGGGAGGGCCCGGGAGACCCAGGCAGUGUCUCGGUGGACGUCACGAAGCUGCGGGCCGCCAGUGGUGGCUCCGUGACCUUGCUCGCCAAGGUCAACCUCUCCCAGACCGUGGAUGCCGAUCAGCUGGACCUGGAGGAGCUGAGCAAAGAUGACGCUGGGGAGAUUGAGAAGGCCGUGGAGUCAGUGGUGCGGCAGAGCUUAGCCGGGCACCGCGGCCGUGCCCCAGGCAGCCCAGAGGCAGAUGAUGGUGCCGAGGCCCCCGCUGCCAGCUUCCGCUUCAAGCGCUGGGCCACUAGGGAACUCUACAGCCCUUCUGAGGAUGGGGCAGAUGCUGGGCCAGAGCUGCCGGCCUCCCCAGGCCCCGUGUCGGCCACUGUGGAGGUCAGCGGCCCCACAGGCCUGGCCCAGUCGCCCGUGUUGGAGGACGUGAAUUUGUCCAAGCGGCGCGUGCAGCUGGGCCCUGGCAGCAUCUGGAGGACUGAGAGCGCGUCGAGCGUGGGAGCCGCUGCUGGAGCCGGGGAGGUAAGUGUGGAGGGCGGCCUGGGCCCGAGUCAGGCAGGGACCAGCCGCUCCAUGAGGCACGUCACCUUGGGUUCCCAGCAAAGCCAAGUGUUCCAAGAAGUCGUCUUCCGCAGCCCCAGCCCCGCCUGGCAGCAGGCUGUGGGCACAGAAGAGCUGCCUGGAGAUACGGAUGGACUGAACCAGCAGUUCCGUGCCGAGAAGGAAGUGACGGUGCAGGGGCCCGGGGCCGGGGCUGGGGCAGGCCAAGAGGGUAUCCAGACCUCUGUAAGGCACCUGCAGUUGGCCCCUAAGGAAGGGCCCCGCGGGCCCAUCGAGUUCACGGUGCCUUUCUCAGAGCACAGUGGGCUGAGCCUGCAGGGAGACUCUGAGCAUCCUCAGGAGGAGGGCUUGGGGGUCAGCACAGCCGUGAGGCACAUCCGCCUCGGGCCGCAGACCAGCGGGCAGGUGGUCUUCGAGGGGCUGGGGCCUGGGUCAGGGGAGCUGAGUGAUUCAGAGAGGGUGGUCCACAGUGAGGCCAGAACGGUCCGUGUGACCGAGAAGAGCAUCUUCCAUGGCAUGGUGGAUGGGGAGGGGGACCCGGCGGGGGCAGGAGGGACCACCAGCCUCAGCCGGUCCUUUAGGCACAUUCAGCUGGGUCCCACGGAGACUCAAGGCCUGGGACACUUUGUUGUCCACGCCCCUGUGACCAAAACCUUUGCCCUAGUAGGCUCAGCUGGCGCUCCUGAGCCGGGCCAGGCGGCAGAUGGCAGUCCCGUGGCGCGGGGGCCUAGGGAGACCUCCUUUACCUUUCAGAUGGCUGUGAGUGAUGUAGAGGCGGGCACAGAGGCCCGAGGCGCCUGGACAGACGCUGGCGGCGAGAAGGGCGAGGAGCGGGCCGGGUUGGAUAGGACGGUGCAGCUGCAAAGGAUGGUGGACCAGAGGUCGGUGGUCUCAGACGAAAAGAAAGUCGCCCUCCUCUAUCUAGACAACGAGGAGGAGGAGGACGGAGACGGACACUGGUUUUGAGGAGCAGAGGUAUUUUGCGUGGGUGGCAGCUUGGCCAUGGCAGCACGCAUACAGGCUGCUGCUCACCUGGGCAGCGUGGGGUCCUUCCGUGGAGGAGCAUUGCACACAGUGGCAGUUUUCUGCAGGGGUCGGAAUUGCAUCCUUUCAGGUGCUGGAAUUGCACGUAGGAGCUGGGCAUUUACAGAGCACUUUGUAACCCUUGUAACCUUCAACAGCUCCUUUUCCGAAGGCUCCUGAGGAGUCUCCUGGGCCCUCUGGAGAACAUGUCUGUUAUUUUGUACCUGGUUACAGAUACGGGUGGUAUCUGUUCGAAACGCUGGUCAGUCAUCCCUUGGCGAGAUGCCUAAAUGCUAACCCGGUUUAAGUUAACUUGUUCAAGAGUAUUGUGUGCUGUGUGCAUGUGCUAAUAUCAAUAACAAACUAAUAUAUUCAGGGAAAAAUUAUGGCUUUUCUCUUCCCAAAGGCUUCCAAAAAGCAAUCAUAGAAAAUCAGCAGCCUGCUUGUGCUUAAAAAAAAAAAAGGCUGAAUUACUUCAUCUUUAACCAAAGAGUCGCUUGAGACGUAAUUUACUUUCUAUGUGAAAGAUACAGAAAUGGUGCCUUAUUUACAGAGGGACCGGCUGUAGUCAGCGGGGAUAUUUCAGACCAUACAUGCUGUUUGCACAGGUCUCCUGUGCUGAACUCAGGAGUAGGGGACAAGGGCACUGGGACCCACUGGCAUCCCAUUCCUUUUUUUGUAUUGUUUCUGCCAUCCCAGGUGGUGAGGUGGCAGCACCCACAGUCUGUGGUGACCCGAGGUCUGGGUGAGCCAGGUCCUAUCCAGGUGUGAGCUGGAGCUGCUGUGUACCGUAGACCCUGGCUCCGUAUCGCCAGGCUUCCUGGGUGGGACAAGGGAGACCUGAGGACACGAUGUUGACCCCCCCAGAUCAUGGCAUAGACCGUCAACGUGGCUGGAAGUGGGAAAGGCGAGGAGCCUGUCCUGUCAAAACGCUUCUCAACCCACGGCCCCAAGGGAAGGUCUCUGAGCUCCAGAAGAGACAGGAAGCAACAGCCGUUUAACAAACCCUCCAGGAAGCUUCAGGCACUUUCAGUAGCAAUCGCUGCUGUUGGGGCACAUUGUCCAGAGAACUAGAAUAAGAUGCUUUGGAAAGGAACAGGGUGCCCCUGCUGCAACCUGGUGCUGGGUACCCGGGAUGGGCCGUGGUGGAGGAGGAUGGCCCUACCCUCACAGGCCACGGGAUGGGGACCUGCAGUUGCAUACCACCCACUUUGAGAUAGAAGGCGAGUGUCUGCAGUUGCAUCUGCUUUUUGCGCACCAGUGGUAUUUGCAGUUUCCGUCUUUAAAAGCCUAUGUUCACAUACAAACAGUAGCUGUAGCUGACCAGCUUCUCACACGGUGGUGUCUGAGCUGUGCUUCCCUAACACAGUGUCCUGGAACACUGAGCAGUCCCAUGGGAGAGGAUUGUGACCAUGGGGACGGAGGCGGGGAGGGAUCGGUUCUGAAGCCACACAUAGGAACCGCGCACAGAGCAGUGGGUUUGAUGGUGUGGUGGGGACUGCUUUGCAGGGCUUUGGCAUCUCCAGCACAGCCCAGGGUGUGCCAACUGCAGCCUGGCUGUGACUGGUGAUAGGUUUGUGUGACUUCUGUGUGGGAAUUCAGGCAGGCUCAGAGCCUGCUGCUGGAUGGUGAGACAGACAUCUGUGAGCGGUGUUAAGUGGGCUCAGCUGGAGGGCACUGUCCCAGCCUAUAAACUUGCAAAUGGCUGCUGGGGCACCACAGGUCGUUAAUUCCAUGACCUUCGUCAGCUUCAUGCUGGGGAGUCAGUGUCUCAUGUUAAUUUCCACCUCUGAGGUUGAACGCACCUCUCCCUGUAGCAUGCUGUUAGGGUGAUGGUGUCUGGAUCGCCCAGGUGCAGGGGUGCCACUGGCACAGUGGCAGGUGACACCACAGGCAGGGUGGGGACACAGCCAGUCUUUUCCUCCUCACAGAUGGGCUGUUUUGGCAAAGCAGCAUCCACCGAGCGUUUGCAACUUCCUGCUGGUUGUUUUGAUAUGUUGAUGUGUAUUUAGAGUGGAAUCAUCAGAGCAGUUGAUUUUGCUAACCUCCUGUUCCUUACUAAGGGAAGUGUCACAUGAAUGUAUAACAAUAAAAAUCAGAGGGGAAAUAAAACCCCUGACGUUGUUCCUAAAGAGAAUGAAAUGUUUUCCAGCAGAUGUUGACGUGCUUUCUCUUUGAAACCCCGAUUAAAGCAAGCGUGUUUGCA